CAUCCUCCCUUCUUUCUCCAUGGAAACCUCCGACACUCAAACCACCACAACCACCACCGCCGCCGCCGCAUACGGCGGCGAAAGCGGAGGAGAGAGAAAAUUCUCCGACGAAAUAAUCACCAUCGAAAUAACAUCCUUACACGAACUCGCACUUCGAGGUUCAUGGAAAACGAUACUCGAAAAAGUCUCAACAGCAAGAUCAUUAUCUCAACUUCGUUACCCUCACGAACACCUCGUUUACCUCGCAUUUAACGCCGUCGCACUCUCGAAGCUCCGUCGUUAUUCCGAAGCAUUAAACGACAUCGAAUCAUCUCUCGAAGAUCUCAAUAAUUCAUCUUACCAUUACGAAUCUUACCCUAACGUUUACCCAAACCUAAAAGGUUCCAUGAUUCCUUUCGUUUUACGAUGGCUUCAAGCUCUCCUUCCUUCUUUCAUCGGUCGUCGAAGUGAAUCCUUUGACCGUCUUUAUCUUCUUCUGAGUUUCAUACGAUGUCGUAUUGAUUUAGGUUCGGAUUCCGAGGUUUGGCGGAGGAGAGAGAAUUUCGUGAUGUCGACGAUUAUUAGUCAACAUUCUAAUCAAAAGGAGUUUGUUGUUUGUUUUGCGUUGAUUAAUGAGAUGCUUAGCAAAGAUAGGGAGAAUUUGUCGUUACUUUCGAAAUUAGGUUAUAUUCAGUUGCAAUUCGGCGAUUUAGAAGGUGCGAAAUCGUCGUUUCAGAAGGUUGAAGAUGUGAUGAUGAGAACGAAUGAGGAGGAUUUGACCGUUGAUGUUCAAAAUUUGGUAGGGAGAAAUAAGGCGUUGAUUUAUAUGGUUGGGAAAGAUUAUGUUUCAGCGGUGAGAGAAUAUGAUGUUUGUAUUGAGAGGAAUGGUUCAGAUGUUGUUGCGAUUAAUAAUAAAGCUUUGUGUUUGAUGUAUCUGAGGGAUUUAUCUGAUUCUAUUAAGGUUUUGGAGAAUUCACUUGAGAGGGUUCCUACUGUGGCGCUUAAUGAAACUCUUGUUGUUAAUCUUUGUUCUAUGUAUGAAUUGGCGUAUGUUAAUCAUACUGAGAUCAAGAAGACUUUGAGUAAUUGGAUUUCUCGUCUCGCUCCGGAUGAUUUUGAUCCGGCUUGUACUCGGAUUUGAGGUCUUAAUCGUUAUCUAAAGUGGCAGCCAUUGGUACAGAUCUCUUUUGUAGUCCUAGAGCACCAUCAAAUUUGUUUUAGAUGAGGUGCGGUGCAUUCUUUCCAACUGUGGCGGUCUACUGAGUUGCAACACCUUUGGUCAGGUCUGGGGAGAUAUAAACAUACGCAGCCUUACACUCGACAAGCAGAGAGGUUUGGAGAGAGAGAGAGAGAGAGUUCACGGUUUCACAGUUCGGUAUGACAUCUCCAGAAGAAGUCUUGUGAUCAUGUUUUUGCAGAAUCUAAUUUCUGAAAAGCUUUAUGAAAGAUGGGAAGGCUUUGAAGUACAGAUUAUGUAGAGCUGCAUAUAAUCAUCAGAAAUUCAGUACUGUAUAAUAAAACUCAUGUUCCUUUUUCUUUUUCUGAAAAAUAUGUUCUGCUGGCCCUUGUAUUUUGUAGCACCAAGUUGAGAACGCCAAGUAUUUCCUUUGGAGUUUAAGGGCUACAUGUAAGUGUUUCAUAUCCUGAUGAAGUUUUUGUGCUCUAGCUGAUGCGACAUUAAUUAGUUGGUAACAUUUCUUUACGGUGAAACAAAUUUUCCAGAUUGAAUACAUAUCUGGCUUGUAAUUGCCUAUAUA